AUGCUACGACGGAAACAUGGAAGAAUUGAAAUCUUAGAUCAAAACACUAUGUAUGGGUGGUACGAACUGCCUAAACAAGAAUUCUUGAACAGCGAACAACCAGAGCUAUUACUCACUACAUCAAAAAAAUUUCCAUUAAUGAAGGAUGGAAAUCCAUUGGAAAAUCAAAAAUACGCAUGUCGGAUGAAAUUGUUGUUGCUAUCUGUUCCAAUAACGAAUCAACUGAAUAACUAA